AUGGACAAAAAUGUUAAUUUGCUUUUCCUUAUUCUGCUGCACACCUCAAUUGAGAGCAACGUGGGAUGUGUUUGUGACCAUUAUCCAUGGACUGCCUGGUCCAGCUGUUCAAAGACCUGCAAUUCUGGGACACAAAGCAGGCACAGGCAAAUUGUGAUGGGUAAACACUCCUGGAAAAAUCUAUGUAACAGAUUUUGCAAGAAACAAGAAUCCAGGGCUUGUAACCAGCAGCUGUGUCCUAUUGACUGUGAGCUUGGAGACUAUGGUCCCUGGUCAGAAUGUGACCCAUGUCUUAGAAAACAGUUUCGCGUCAGGACCCUGACCCGGCCCUCUCAGUUUGGAGGAAAGCCCUGCAGUGAACAGCUGGUAGAUGCCUGGGAGUGCUCUCCCACCAAAGUUUGUAGCACAGAAGAAAUAAACUGUGAAAAUAAAUUCCGCUGUGAAAAUGGUCGCUGCAUCACUCGAGGCUUGGAAUGCAAUGGAGAAAACGACUGCGAGGACAAUUCUGAUGAAAGGGACUGUGAGCACAUCCAGCCGGUUUGCAACACAACACACGAGGCCAUUCCUGGUGUACAACUAAUGGGCCUUGGAUUUCAUCUCCUUGCAGGAGAGAACCGAGGAGAAGUCCUUGGGAAUUCAUUCAAUGGAGGCAAAUGCAGACUGGUCAAAAGCAAAGAUAAAAAGAAAACGUUUCGUGUCCCUGCAAACCUGGAGGCUGUCAGCUUUCAGGUCGAGAAUAAGGAAGACGAGGUAGAAUCUGCUUUCUACAGUAAUCUGGUUGCUCUGCACUCUACUUCCUCUCAACAGCAUCUUUCCUCUACACCUGGCAUAAGCUCUGCUAAAGUCUCGUUUCUGUUCUGGGAAAACAAAAAAGCGGACUUCGUAUUUUCAUCCUCCUUUAAGGAAGCCGUCAAAGCUUCCUACAAAAAGAACUCCAACUUUAUCAGGAUCCGCAAGAAGGUUGUGGUGUCAAACUUCACGGUGAAUCCAUCAGACUUACAGGUCUCUGGCAUGUUCUUAAAGGCCCUUAACAGCCUACCUCUGGAGUACAACUAUGCCCUCUACAGCCGGAUAUUUGAUGACUUCGGGACUCAUUACAUUACUUCUGGGUCAAUGGGGGGCACAUAUGACCUCCUCUAUCAAUUCAAUGCUGAUGAUCUGAAAAAAUCAGGUUUAACAGAGGAAGAAGCAAGUGACUGUGUUCUGACGGAAGCCAAAAGAUUUUUCUUUUUCAUAAAGAAAAAUAAAGUGCCUACAAAAUGCACCAACAGUAGCCUGGCUGAGAAACAUAAAGGUUCAUUUCUACAGGCCUCUGAGAAGUCUUUUUCACUGGUCAAAGGUGGGAGGGUGCUAUAUGCUACGGCUCUUGCUUGGGGGAAAAUGCGAUCUUUCCCAGAACAGAGUGUGUACACGGAUUGGCUGGAGUCGACCAAGGACAGCCCAAUAGUCAUUGACUUUGAGUUGGCCUCCAUUUUGGAUUUGGUGAAGAACUUCCCAUGCCCAGUGACAAAGCGUCAUAACCUUAGAAAAGCUUAUAUUGAAUACAUGGAAAGAUUUGAUCCAUGUCGGUGUGCUCCAUGUCCUAACAACGGCAGGCCUGUGCUGUCUGGGACUGAAUGCCUCUGUGUGUGCCAGGCUGGAACCUAUGGUGAUAACUGUGAGAUACGGGCAUCUAAUUACACAUCCGUUGCCGUGGAUGGUUAUUGGAGCUGUUGGUCUGCAUGGAGUCCCUGUGACGCUUCUCAUAAGAGACGCCGGAGUCGAGUAUGUAACAAUCCCUCACCACUUCAUGGAGGGAAACCAUGUGAAGGUGAACAGCAGCAAGAAGAAAAUUGCUUAGUAUUUGCUGACAGUGAAGACUGGUGUAUAAUUGACAAUGAAGAAGCCAAAAGGGAGGGCGACGUUUUCAUUGGCCGGCCUGGAUCAGGAUGCCUCAAACCAGACCCACCAGAACAUGGAUUCAUCAGGAACGAAAAGAAACAUUACACUGUUGGAGAAGAUGCUGAAGUUGUGUGUUUCAGCGUGUAUAACCUAGUGGGGUUUCCAUUCCUUCGCUGCCUGCCAGACCAAACAUGGGCUCAGCAGCUUGUUGAAUGCCAGUAUUCUUCAGUGCACAACUCUGAAGCUCUGUGUGUGCUGGAUUCAGCUUCAGAACUAGCCCUUACAAAGUCCAGCUGUCAACACUUGGCAGUUGGGGGACCUUUUAUUCAAUCUCUUGCCUUCUGGCCCCUGCCCCAGUGA